UUACCUCGACCAACUGCAAUCGAUUUCUUCGACGUUGCAAAGUAGAAGCAGAUGUAAUCCACGCGAAGCGUGCUAUCUGACAACAUCGUGAGACCUGUAGUCGUUCAAGUGCAUUCAUGUUAUGGGGAGUUGGUGUAAAUGGCAUACCUGAAGCGAACUGUCACCAGUAAACACGAAACACGCCCAUCGAAACAAAUCGUUGAAGUUCUGCUGAAACACGAUGCACCGAAUUACACUGUGGGUUGUCCUGACGUUCUCCUUCAUCAAAGGUAUAGUCCCCAAUGACGCCCCAUGUCAAGGUGGCGUUGCAGAACUCAACACAGAUUACGAACUGACCGCUGACAGAAGAAACUUCACAGUUUUUGUGUGGGUACAACCAACUGAUGAGCGGCAUGUUGCGACAUGCAAUCUGACAUGCAGUGCUGUAGCUGGAUAUAGGGCAACGAUUAAUGAUACACACACCACAUUAACACUCGACAGUGUUGGGAGAAACGACUCUGGUACAUGGAAGAUAUUUGAUGCAAAUGACUCAGCUGUUGUCAUUGACGUGUGCCACCUUGUCACCGCUAAUCCACCACAAUGCAAUGUCAGCAGUGACGUAGACACCGACGCCCUUGAACUUGGCACAGAGGUCACGCUAGCGGUGGACAUCAGAGGCUACUACUGUUCUGGUGGAACUGUUCUGGGCCUUGUGACUGGUAACAUCACAGACGUGUUGCUACAGAACCACACUACUGGCGACCUCACCGACGCUGCCCCGAAAAUAACGUUCAACAUCACCUCUGACCGACUAGGAGAGGUCAAGGUCAAAUAUGAAUGUGACACCAGGAACUGGAUGCUAAGCUGUGGCGGAAUUCAAAGUUUAAAUGCUGCGAUCUCUACAACAGUUGUCACUUCAACAGCUGCGACAUCCCCAACAAACGACACACUGACGUCUACUGCCGCUAGUCCAUCUACAACAACAGAAACACUCACAUCAGCAGAGGCGUCUUCAGCAGCAGCAGCAACAACAACAACAACAACAACAACAACAACGUCGACAGGCGCAUCUCCAACGGAUUCUACGUGUAUUGGAGGAGUAGGACUACUUGGCGCAGAAUACCAGAUGGUUGGUGACAGAAGCAACUUCACAGGCGUCGUAUGGGUACGACCAACUGAUGGCCGGUAUGUCGUCACCUGUAGCCCCCACUGCAGCCCGGUGGCUGGAUACAGUGCCACACUUAAUGAUACACACUCUACACUAACCAUAGACAGUGUUGGGGAGGCAGAUGCUGGUACUUGGAAGAUCGUGGAUGCAACUGUAGUGAAUCCCAUCCCUGUAGACGUGUGUCACCUGACGGCAGCAGAGCUCCCACAGUGUAGCAUCAGCAGUGACGAGGACACCGAUUCCCUGGAACCUGGAGCACAGUUGACUCUAACAGUGGACAUCACCGACUACUACUGUUCUGUGGAGACUGGUUUUGAUCUCACGACUGGUGCUGUGACUGAAGAGCUGGUGGCGAAACACAACGUCACUGGUGUAUCAACCAAAACCGUCAACCAAACAUUCAAUGUUGAUGUCACAAGACUAGGAGAUGUAAUGAUCAACUUCCAAUGCAGCAGAAGUUGGACUCUAACUUGUAAUGGAGUCCAGAAGAUGUUGAAAAGUCCACCACUGUGCAACAUCAGCAGUGAUACAGACACCAAUGCUCUGCAUCUUGGUACAUAUCUGACUCUCAUGGUUGACCUCAGAAACUACUACUGUCAAUACCAUGCUGGGUUUGGCAUCACCACUGGCAGCAUCAGUGACGUGUUGCUACAGAACCAGACAACGAACAACAUCACCAACACUGCCCUGACCACCUCCUUCAAUGUCACGGCUGAUCAUCUCGGAGACGUCAGUGUUGCCUUUAUGUGUGACGGAGUGAACAAGGCGCUUGAAUGUGGAGGAGUUGGCAAUUUGACAGAGGCCGCUCCCACAACCACCUUCUCAACGUCAACGUCAACGUUAACGCCGACAUCUCCAGAAACAACGUCAACCUCGACCAGCACUCUCCCCACCACGUCACAUACAACGUCACAUACGACGUCAGAGGAACCGAAGAUGACGUCAGAUGAACCGUCAACGACCGCACGUUCAUAUUCCACCGGAGAUGCAGGGCUAUCAUCAGAUCUGACUGUCGGUCUGUCGGUCGGCCUGAGCUUAUGCGUAGUGUUAUUUAUUGUCUUCGUUGCAUUCAAGAUCUACAAUGGAAGACUGACAAAGGAGAAACAAAACAGGUAUAUGCCUGACACGAACGAGGAUCGCGGAGUAGACUUGAAAGGUAUGACAAAUAUGCAUGAAAAUGAAAAUUACGUACCUUAUGUUGCAAGUACUGAGGUUAAAAAUAAUAAUCCUUAAAACUCACGACUGUCUCAAAACUAUCAAUCGUAUACAACCUACCUUUCGAUAAUCUAAUUUUCUCAUUCAGUGUGAACGUUUAACACAGCAGUGUUCGGGAGUGAUUGAGCCAAAAUGAAUUUGUAUUGUCCGCAAUAGAAAAUUAAUGCAUUCGAGGUUGUCUGACGCAUGUAAAUCGAAGAACAAACUAAAAUCAACACGUCUCACAUCAGCGUCACCUCAUGUCAGAGACCACUAUGAGCCAGUCCUGUCUACACACACCACUACGUCUACCCAAUGUUGUAUGGGGUAGAAAUAGCUGUAGAAGUGCAGGAAGUCAUCGAGCGAUACCCAUAGGCCGGAAUACCUAAAACACCACCUAGUCCCAAAACGUAACAAAUCUCUUUCUGCAAACAGUGGUGCUUAAGAUGGCGCGAUAUGUCAAGGCUUCGUUUAAAGAUUGGAAGGAUCCGUGAUUGCAAAUAACGCCAACAUGAAGCAGAUAGUUUUAUCCAAAUGAUGUUUGGAUCUAUACAGUUUUCAUGAAUGCAGUGUAUUCAUGUGAAACAGCAUGGCCGCAUACAGGGGUACCGUUGGUCCAGUCGUCCGCAACAGAACGACGUGAGCGGCGGUCGGGUAGCCUAGUGGUUAAAGCGUUCGCUCGUCACGCCAAAGACCCGGGUUCGAUUUCCGACAUGGGUACAAUGUGUGAAGCCCAUUUCUGGUGUCCCCCGCCGUGAUAUUGGUGGAAUAUUGCUAAAAGCGGCGUAAGACCAUACUCACUCACUCACUCAGAACGACGUUGGCUCACGUCACGAUGUGGUGUUGAACCCAACUCACUCACUAACACCACAAACAUAUUAUACCAACAGUCUCUCCGUGUUGGCAGCUCUGUAAAGUAGGGACGUCAAUGUAGAAUAGUAUCUGAAUUUAGAAUGUGAAAAGAAUAAUAUAAUCUUGUAUUACAAUGACGUCGGGGCACGGUUGACCCAGUAGUCUAAGGCGCCGCAAUUUUCCCUGAUAUUUUUUUCUAGAUUUUUUUGUCAGCACAAUAUCCGAGAUCGUGUUUGUCAGCAAAGUCAUCAACGCGUAAGACCUGCAUCACUUUCGGCUUUCAUCACACGUCAAACUAACAUGCUGCGAUUUUACUAAACUAUUGUUCAAAGCGGCGUGAACCUCAAACGAUACGUCAAUUAUAUUUCACGAAACAAAUUGAUAAGUGUUGUAGUUAGUUGAGCUUUUUUUGCAAUUAAUAAGCAGUAGUGUGAGGAACAGGGUGUAGAUGGUGACGGAGGGUAUCUACACAGUAGAUGGUGACGGAGGGUAUCGACACAGAGGAUGGUGCUCCUGCCCUGGCUGUUUCAACAGCUGAACCCUACUAAUACUGAUUAGUAAUAAUCGGAUAUACUGAUUUACUGAUGUAUAAAAAACAUAAUGUUUAAUAUACAGCCCUUGUCCACUUGAUCCAUGCUCGUAUAACUCAAUGUGUGACAUGGACUAUAUUGACUAAAAGUCUCCUGCAGUGGUAAAUGUAAAUUUAUAACUUGCUUUGUACAUAACUACUGGUUGAAACCAGUGUUAUUGUUGUCCCGUUAUCUGUGCUAAAGCAUGAAGUAUGUUUUUCUCUGAAAUUAUAGUUACAUGUCUUGUGGUUACUUGAAGCAUGUUUUUCUCUGAAAUUAUAGUUACAUGUGCUUGGUUACUUGAAGCAUGUUUUUCUCUGAAAUUAUAGUUACAUGUGCUGUGGUUACUUGAAGCGUGUUUUUCUCUGAAGUUAUAGUUACAUGUCUUGUGGUUACUUGAAGCAUGUUUUUCUCUGAAAUUAUAGUUACAUGUGCUGUGGUUACUUGAAGCGUGUUUUUCUCUGAAAUUAUAGUUACAUGUCUUGUGGUCACUUGAAGCGCGUUUUUUUCUGAAAUUAUAAUCAUCUGUACUGUGGAUACUUAAAGCAUGUUUUUCUCUGAAAUCAUAGUUACGUGUGCUGUGGUUACUUUGUUUCUGAAAUAAUAUUCAUCUGUGCUGUGAUAACUUGAAGCAUAUAUUCUCUGAAAUCAUAGUAACCCGUGCUGUGGUUACUUGAAGCACGAUUUGUUUCUGAAAUUAUAAUCAUCUGUGCUGUGGUUAGUUUAAGCCUAUUUUUUCUCUCUGAAGUUUUCUGUUACCUGACCUUUGCUGCGGUAUCAUUUUGAAUCUUCAAUAAUCAGCGCUGUUUGUGACCUCUUAACUUUUCUAUGACGUGUGCUGUGUGUUUUUUUAAAAAUCUUCUAUUACCUGUGCAGUAGUUACUUUCACCACUUCCUAUACCAUGUCUGUGCUUUCCCCUGAAAUCUGGAGAUUUUGCUUCUACAAUAGUUUCUUAUGAUAUCUGGUGUUACCUUAGUGAUUAUCCCCAGUAAUAUGUUCACUGAAAUGAGUUUCUGAGAGUUAUCAAUGAUCAAUGACAAAGGACCAUAUACAAUGUAUGACAAAUCCAAACAGAAAAUAAACCUGACCAUGGUCACAGAUCGUC